AUCGCCCUCAGAAGACCUCGCAAGCAAUCUAGGUUCGCCUCGGCCCGGCAUCUGUUUCCCGUCCACUGGUGAGAACGAGGAUUCGGCGGGUGGACCGGCAGACUGAAGUGGUACUUCUCGUGCUACAAGCAGCAAGCAGCAGGCCAGGUAUACGUUAUAAUGAAUCCUUGGAGACACGAUAAUGAUUCCGAUACGACUGAUUUCGCGAAACAUGCCGCUGACAGCCCGAAGCCUGCAGAUCCCGCCGGGAAGGACGAUGUUGCAAGCAUCUCGUCGGUUGGGCAGGUAAGCUCACGACAGACCCCGUCUGUCGGCAUGCAGCUGGUCAACAAUAUUCCGACCAUUCGUUCGCGAGUCACUGUUGUAUGUGCGGAGUGUAAGAAGCAGAAGCUCAAAUGUGACAGGCGAAUGCCCUGUGAAUCUUGUACCAAACGUAAUACCGUUUCUCGCUGCAUUUAUACUCCUGCUGCGAUAGAGAAAGUAGACGUUACAUCUAUUAACAAUCGUCUGCGCGUCGUAGAGGGCAGCCUCAACGCACUUGGUGUUCCAACUCAAGGUUACCAGCAGCAUCUUCAAUCAGGAUUGCCGUGGCAAGCUGGUCCGCAUCUUUUUAUGCAGCAAACGCAGGCACAUCUUGGCCAUAUUCCCGCCAUUGGCGCACCCAGUUACUCCAUACCAGGCGUGUACGCCUCAGCUGUCGCUGCUAAUUCGAGCACGCAUACAGAUGCUCGUCUGUCCGGUUCGACACUAGGCCCGCGUAUCCCGCGCGUCCUUGCGCUGGCAAAUAACUCUCGCGGCGCUAGCGUUGCUGCUCCCUUAGAUGGUGCGGCAGCACUCUGGGUUCGUGAAUGCUCAGCGGAGCUCGCACUCGAAUUUCCUCUUGCCACGCGACAGUCUGAUUGCGAUCCGUGGGAUUCAACACAGACAUCACGUUCCGUGGUCGGAAACAUGGUUUCAAGCGAGAAAGCGCGGUUGGAUUUACAGCCUAUUGACCGCGAGUUGUCUCGUAACAUGCCGUUGUUCGGCUUUGGACGAAAGCGCUCGUUACCUGCGGCACAGAGACUCGCGAUGUUCGCUGGGCUGAGUAUUCCUUCGACGCCUACUAAUAACAUGUCCCGUGAAAACCGGCCGAAAGGGGUGGAAUCACAAGAUGCUACGAUGGAUGUAGAAGAAGUGCCUAACACUAUCUCCGACAUGUACGAGGUUUUAGCUAUCGAACUUCUGAAACGGCUCCCUCCGCGACGCACCCGAAGUGUCAUGAUUUCACGGCUUCGCAUCGCUAUUCUUGCAGAAGGCAUGAGCUGCAUACCAUUCAACGUACUCUGUGCGAGAAUUGAAGCAGUUUGUUCUUAUACUUCGGAGACGUGCGAAGGACCCAUGAGCAGCUCCGCAAAGCCUUCGGCGCCUUCAUUUAGCAGUAUAGCGGAGGCGGCAGUAUGCUUAGCCUUUGGUGCGUUAAUUUGGGCGACCGAGGCAUCCAUAAGGGGAACCGCUCGUGCAGCAGCUGGACGUAGUUCACUUGAAGCAUUCUCUGCUGAUGCUGGUUUAGAACGAAUGGGUGCACAUCACUUGACGCAGCCCCCCAGUGAUCCAUCGUAUUCUCAAGCUAGCGAAGGAAACUCGUUCAGCGAUUGCGACGCCGAGCCAGACCGUCCAGACUUGACCACAGCAUUCGCACUUUAUCGAUUAGCUCGUUUGGCACUCUCCAUGAAUACUGCACGUCAUGGACAUGCGGCACGCGAUCCCGCCCUGAUACACACUUACAUACUUAGUGCCCGCUAUCUACUCUUGGCUCAUGCAACAAGUACGGAUUGCCAGGAUGCACUCGUACCAGCGGAGCUUCCUGGCCUAGUUGGGACACUUGUCUGGGAAGCUCGCGCGAUGGGUCUGGGUGUCGAUCCGGACGAGUUUGACCCACCUGAUAACGACGAAAACUACUCCGAAGCGAAGACGGUUCAAAGUGAAAAUGGACUUUUCACCUUUGUGAAACGCGAAGACGGUACUGGUUAUCCGCAGACACAGUCAUCCAUAAAUAGAAUGAGUCUGUUUAUGAAGGAAGUAAGGAGGAGGUUGUGGUGGGAAGUGGUGUGGCUCGACAUCCUCGUCUCUGACGCGUACGGGUACAAUGCCACCAUCCAGUAUGGGGAAUAUACCACUCGCUGUCCAUCAAAUGUUGACGAUACUCGUUUCAAUCCGGAUUCAACCAUUGUUCCUCCGCCAGACGACAGCUUGCCAGAGAGGAAUCUGACUUUCGGGAUUGUCAAAAUUCGUUUGAUUGAGAUCGCCAAGCGCGUCCCUCUACGAAUCUUCCGGAGUGGUCUAGUUCCGAAUUCCGAAGACUCGGGUAAUUCAGGUAUAUCUGUAGCACAAAAAAUUGCAGAUGAUAUCGUGAAGUGGCUUAACGAUCUUCCCGAGCGGUUGAAACUUGGAGGCACUGAAGAAGAUGAGAUACCUCCAAUCGACUCCUCGCCACCACCUAUGACUCCUCUUCGACCUCCUGCGGUUGCACGUCCUCAACCGGAACAUGAUGCCGCUCGGGCUCUGCUUAUUACUCAGAGAUGCGAUCUGGCGUUCAUGGCCUACUUCAGCAUCAUGCGCCUUUUUACUCCAACAGUUUGUCCCUCCGCAUUCACGACAAUCCAGCAAGGAUCUGACUUCUCCUGGCUCUGGAACAAGUCCUCGAUACCUCCGGAACGGAAGUUUAUAGCAUUGAAGGCUGUCGAGCCUGCUCUUGCCAUUGUGCAUGCUGCGCAGGUUCAAAUGACUUACGCACCGGAUGUUCCGUUUGCAACGUACCACAUGUACAUUUUUCCUCGUCGCCUCUUCGACGCUGCGGUCGUGCUAGCAUACGUUGCAAUCCAGCAGCCUUUGUACACUUCACCCGUCGUUACUGAUGCAGUUCGGGUUGCGAUCGAUAUUUUGGCACACAUUUUAAAGCGUGAUACUUCGCGGAAUGGACAGCCCACGGUACAGAAAACUGAGGCCGAGACUAUCCUCGAGAUGCUUCUGAAUCGUGCGGAAAAGGCCAGACAACGGAGUACACCGAUUGCUGCAGGUGUAAAACGUAAACACGAUGAAGUUGAAGCUGAGACGAGUCAAUUUGAUGGUUCAUUUCGCUUGCCAUUCAUGGGCUCUGGCAUUAUCAAUCAGUAUAGGACACCGUCGGAAGAACGUUCUCCCGACAGAAACGUCACAACCAGUUCUGAAAUCGCCGGCACAGUAGAGCAUCGGUCUUCCCCAGUGUUCGUGUGCUCGAAUGCUGCUACCCUUCACGAUGAUUCACGUUCACAAGUAUCAAAGAAUAUGAAGUCCAAAUCGAAACAGCACAAGCACGUUCCUGUGGUUGGUAUCCGUCAGCGCCUUAAGGAUCGAAUAAAUGCUGUUCAUGCUCCCAACAUUCCACACUCAGCUGUGACUCAAGCGGCUUCUGAUCGUUAUGCUUCAUCUCCUACACACUCACAAGCAAUUUCCGACUAUCGACCACAACUUACUCAUUCGCAGUACUCUUCCGGCCCGCCGCCUCGCUUUUCUAGUGAAAUGUCAUCUGCGAGUCCCAUUUCUCCCCUGUCAACAUACGAUGCACACGAUGGAGCCAGGUCAACGGGUGGAAUGACAGAACACGCCUCUGGAGAGGCAGGCUUCAUGUUACCUGUCGCUCACCCAGUCGACUCUACGCCGCAACAAGCACCGUCAUCUUUCCCUUCGUCGAUGUAUCAUUAUCAAAUGUCCGGUCAAGGUUACUCGGCGUCCCCACUGCAACCGACGGGAUAUGAUCCAUCUAUGACGGCGCACUCCUCUGUUCCUGAUUCCGAUCCUAACGCCCACCAUCAUUCUAACAUGUCGUAUUCCAACUCCAUCGGCAGCGCCAACGACCAAGGCGAUGGGAUGUCUUCCAGUUUCAACACUCAUAUUCAGACUCCUUUUAGCACAAUAAUUUCGCAGUCGUCUGGGCUUUAUACACAACUGGAUCCGUCUCAACAGAGCCAGAGUCAGCCAUCAGCUUGGCAUGGCAGCGAAGGUCAUGACUCCGGUUCAGUUCCUCAGCACUGGAAUACGCCCUCGUUUAUGAAUUGAUGUCACGAACAUUUAUUUCUAUGACGUCGGCUUGAACACGCCGCAUUUGCAGACCACGAUCAUAUAACUUAUUUGAUUUCUUAUAUCUUUAUCACGUCGCGUAGAUCUGGAUACCUGCUUUCGUUAGAGAACGCGCUCUUCAACUGCUUUCCGUUCACUGUUUUCCCUUCAUUUUAUCUGGUUUCUCCUAUCCCAACUCAUCCGCUCGGACGCUCUAAC